AGAGAGUGUGUUGUUUUCAAAUCAUUUACUCUUACGGUUAGACUUAGACUAUCGUUGACUGCAUUUAGCCGUCAAUUGGAUGCAACUCUCACUCAUUGAUGUGUUGAUUGUGUUGAUUGUGUGGACCAUAAGAGUGCAACUGAUAGUGAUUUGUCAAUAUGAUUGAAAUCACGUGCAAUGACCGCUUAGGCAAGAAAGUGCGAAUUAAAUGCAACAAUGAUGACACGAUCGGUGACCUCAAGAAGUUAAUCGCCGCACAGACGGGCACUCAUUGGGAGAAAAUCGUGCUCAAGAAGUGGUACACCAUAUAUAAGGAUCACAUCACUCUCGAAGACUAUGAGAUUCACGACGGAAUGAAUCUCGAGUUAUAUUACCAGUAAUUCAUUAAUAAACUCUUCAUUUAUUCACAUUUCUUAA